AUGCCCUACGUGUCGCCGAAGGACCUGAGCGUGAGCUCGACGCCGACGCCGCGCUCCGCCGCUGCGUCCCCACCACCGAAGCAGGCCAUGACUGAGCCUGUCGAGUCGCUCGCUGCGGCGCUGGCCAAGUCGCAGCUCGAGGAGACCUACGACUCGCCUCCCGCCCUGAGCGAGUGCGCGACAACGUCGACGAACAGCGUCCAAACACUGCAGUCUGAGAGCACGCCGCCAGAGGUCGAGGUCGCGUCCCCGAGCCAGUCGCCUAAGGACAUGCCCGACCCGACCGACGCCGUGGACCCCGAGGCGAAGCGGCUAGACGUCCUGCCGGCGCAGGAAGCCGAUGCCGUUGAGACGCGGUCAGCCGAGGACGACGAGCGCGAGCACCAGCACCACCUCGUCGAGGAGAUCCGCGCCGGCAUCGAGGGCGAGGAGACUGUCGUCCAGGACCCGCCGAGCGGGACGGCGCUCGACGCCGUGCCCGCCGACGCGGACCAGGCCGAGCUCUCAAAGCUGGCGCAGUACUCGCAGGCCAUUUACGAGUUCACUAUGAAGCUCUACGUCCGCGCCGAGAAGGAGAGCAUCGCGAAGGGACAUACGCUGCCGGGUGAGUUACCGCCGCCUUAUGGCCUGGAGUUGCAGGAACGACGGGGGGGGGCACGAGGGGCCACACGCCUCACCGAGGAGUGA